UGUAAAUGUAGUUAAGUAGUCAGUUAAAGUUGAGGUCGAUGAAACGCUUCUAAGUUGGUUAGAAUUAGAAUGAAACGCACAGAAUUUAGUCCAGAAACGUUGUUUUGAUUUAAAGAAAAAUAAGUCGCAAAGUUAAGGUCAUAAAAAGCUAAAAGCCUGUCAGACAUUAUUUUAAAAAAUAAUAAUUGAGAUGAUACUAGAGAAAGUGUUUGGAAUUUAUUUCUAUCCUGUUUCGCCCCGCCCAUCAGCAAUCUAAAUCUAUGGUGUGAACCAAAUGCUCAUUUGACGGAAGUGUGUCGUCAUGGUGGGUGGGUACUAAUGACCCCAACGGACCAAUAGCGAAGCAAGAAGCGGGCGAUUGACACGUUGGUGACGAAAAACUGUGGGCCAGCUGUCACGGCGCGCGAAAGAUCAAAAUUUCUCUGCGUUAGUAUUGAAGAGGCGGGAGGAAGGGAGAAGCUCUGCUUAAACUCUCUUUAAAUGAACCCUUACUGUCUUCAAUAGUUUCUGCCACACAGGCAUUUAUUAUUUAUUCGUCUGUUGUGGCUACCAAGCUUGGUGAAACCGCUGAUUUAUUCUUGUACAAGAGGGUAAACUUAGCGGACAAAGAUGAGCCUGGUCGCAAAUCAACAACAGGCUGAGGCGCUCCCUGCUGUGGUCCAAACAGCAGCAGAGAGCAGCCUGGACAGUGGGGUGGGUUCUCCAGCCGAGGAGAUGGUCACGGAGACGGCCAACAAUAAAGAGGAGCUUCCAGAUUCUGAAGACGAUGAAGACAUCACAGCUCACAGGAAGCCCCGCCGUCACGCCAUAAGAGACAGCGAUGAGGAAGAAGACGGGGCUGCAGAGGACAGCGUCCACAUGGCUGAAGCACUGGCCCUAUCUGCCUCCAGUGAAGAGGAGAUGGAGACGGACAAGGUUAACGAGAAAGAGAAGAAGACCAAAAGAAUAAGCAGAGCACCGAUCGACAGUGAAGACAGUGAGUCAGAGCGAGGGCAAAGUGAGGAAGUGGGAGAGCAACAGGAUAAGAAGAAAGGGAAGAAGAAGAAGGAGACGAACGAAGAAGGGAAGUCAAAGAAGCAAAAGAGAGAGAAGAGCCAGAGACACCGGGAGAAGAAGGAGAAACGAAGCAAAGCCGUGGACAAACUGAAAAAGAAGGACAGGUUCUCAGAAAGGAGUGAGGAUGCAGCUCCUCCGCGGCCUCUGAAUGACAGUGGGUGUCCACUGGGCGACACAGACCUGUUUGACACUGGUCUUGGCGAUGAGGAUGAAGAAGAGGAGUCUCUGGACGCCAUCAGAGCAGCAGUCAAAAACAAAAUGAAGAAACAAAAGAAAACUUUUCCGGAUGAAGAGGACAGAGAGGAAGAAGAGGAGGAUGAAGAGGCACCAGAGAAACCUCAGCGUGCUGAGAGGAAAGCUGCCCGCGCCAGCAGGGAGGCGAUGAAACUACUCCACAGUGACUCUCAGCGGCUGGUCAGAGAGUCGACUCUCGGCCUUCCUUACCACAUCCCUGAACCCAAGACCAUCGACCAGUUUUUUAGGAAGAGAACCAGACCUGAGGGUCCGGCCAUGUCUUUACUAAAAUCAACAAAAUAUUCAGCCAUGAUGUUGGAGACCCCCUCAGCCCCUGCAGCACCUCCUCCUCCUGUGACCCCAUCCGUUGAACCCCAGCAGCCGUGCUCAGAGGAGGAACCUCCUUUGGGUCUGUCCUCCACUCAGAUCCAGCCUCUGGCCUGUCCUGCUGCCACCUCCUCUCCUCAGCAGGAGAGUCUCAGCCGGGUCAACGAGGAGAGCUUGAGUUUAGACGACAACCAGGAUUCUGGGCCAAUGCUCUGCCUCUCAGAGAGUCUGCAGGAGUCGCUCACGGCAGACGAGGUUGUCAGAAAUGUCAUGGACUCUGGGCUUCAAGCCCCCGCUGCCCUGUCAGAUGAAACCCAGGCUGCAGUGAUACCUGACUCCAGACCUCUGCUGCUGCACCCUGACCCCGGGGCUCCACCUGCUAAAUGUGGGAACACAGAGUCGACUGAAACUGGUCAUUUACAGCAGCAACACGCCAAGCUGAAGAAGGACAGACUGACCCGACUGAAGGAGCUCGGGCUGGUUCCUCCACCUGUUGCCAAACUGUGUCCAGAUGAUGGAGCCUUUAUUCAGCUGGAGCCUCCUCAACCCAACCCUGGCCUGGUGGCUCUGAGGGAGCGUUACCUCCGCCACAUCCAGGCUCCUGUCAAGGCCAAAGGGGAGCGCACCAUGCAGUUGGAAAUCAUCCGUAAAGACAGCACAGCGUCGGGCCAGGAGGAGCUGCACAAGGAGUCGGUCACCGUCACCGUGAAGGGAGAAGCAGAGAAGUCGGCUCCCACCAAACCUGGAGAGAGGCUGCUGUCGCUGAAGCAGCGUCUGCAGCUCGCCAUGGCUCAGCACAGGAAAGAGGAGAGGGCACGAAAGGCCGAGCUGAAUCGCCUGGACAAUGAGGAAUGUGGCGAGGAAGAAGAGGAGGUGGAAGAUCUGACAGACGAGUCAGAAGCAGAAGAGGGUGUGGACGAUCUGCUGGGAGGUGAUGACAGAAUGGAGGAAGAGGAAGAAGGAAGUGUGUCUCACAGCAACAGGAGUGCGUCACCUGUCACGCUGGCCAGACCUUCACCUUCAACCCCUGAUCUGGUCAACACUGAUGGGACCCUCAUGCUGUUCCCAGGAAACUCUCGUACUGGUGAUGGAAUCAGGAGAUCUGGACCUUCUGGGCAGGGCAGCAGUCAUAAGAUGGAUGAGGACGACUCUCUGUCCCUGGUGAAGGACAACAGCCACAACAGCAGCUUUGAGCUGGCAGGCUCCAUGAUCACCUGCUACCAGCCGGUCAGUCAUCAACGCUCCACAGGAAGAGGAGUCCCCAACUCCUCCAUUUUCCGCUCACCGUCUCCCUGCCUCUUCAGGCCGAGUUUCCUCAGCUCGGCCUCCAAGAGUUCUGGAACUCUCUCGAACCCCUUCCUCUGCCUCCCUGUGGAAGAUUCCCAGGAUCUUUACGCCCCUUCAUCCCCUAGUGCUGACUCGGGUCCCCUGGGUGCUGCAGCCUUGGUCCCAGGAGGAGACUCCCAGGGUCGCUUCUCCUUGGAGGACGACGCCCAUUCCCAGUUACUGGACGCCGACGGCUUCCUCAACGUGGGGCCUCGUCGUGGUGCUCCCCCCUCCCACAAACGACAGCUGAUCUUGGACAGUUUGGACGAAAACGCCAUGGACGCUAACAUGGGGGAGCUGCUGGGUUUGUGUUCUGGUGUUUUUAGCUCAGAGGACAACGGCUCCAGCCAGGACAGAGUCCUCGGGUCGACGCAAGAGGACGAGAUGCUCGGACUGUGUUCUGGAGCUUUUCCGCAAACGCAGGCUGGAGAGGAGAAGACGGAAAGUCACGAGAGGAAGGAAGAAGAAGAAGAAGACCAGGAUAAGGAAUCUGAGAGUGACGUGGAUCAGCUGCUGGGGCUGUGCUCCGGGAAGUUCCCCAGUUCAGGUUCUGCUCACUCAGCUUCACCAGUCAAAGACAGUAAAAAGGAGGCAGAAGAGGAGGAGGAAGAGGAGGAAGACUGUGAAUUCCGGCUCCUGUCAGAUGUUGAGAGUGAACAGGAGGAGGAGGAUGAAGAUGAGGAGAAUAAAGAUGGAGAAGAGGAUGGUGGUGAGGAAGGGUACGAUGAUGUGGAAGAUGAGGAGAUGCAGGGGGUGUUUGCUCCAAAGCACGCCAAGAAAAAGAAGAAGAAGAAAAUGCGUCUGGUCGACUACCUGGAGUCGGAGGCCGAGCUGUCGGGCAGCGACCUGGGCAGCGAGGACGAGGACGAUGAUGGAGGGAGUGAGUAUGAGGAGGACGAGCUCCUGGAGGAGCUUCCCUCUGAUGAGGAGCUCCAGGAUCAGGUCAACAAGAUCCACAUGAAGCAGAUUCUUGAUGACGACAAGCGUCGGCUCAGACUCUACCAGGAGAGAUACCUGGCCGACGGUGACCUGCACUCUGACGGACCGGGUCGAGCUCGAAGGUUCCGCUGGAAAAACAUUGAUGACGCUUUCGACGUGGACAGAACGGGAGGAGAGGGGGAAGAAGAGGAGGAGGAUGAAGACAACGUCAUGGACCCUGUGGAGAUCCAGAGGAGACGAGAGAGACUGGAGAGGGAGCAGUGGCUCAGAGAACAAUCUGAACAGAAGGCCAAGAAGGGUGAGGACGUGGACGAAGAUGAGGAGAAGAUGGGUGAGGAGGACAGUCACUUCAUGAAGCUGGCCAAGAAGCUGACGGCCAAGACUCUGCAGAAGAAAGACUCUGCGGUGACAUCACAGCCAGAGAAGAGGACGACGCCAGCGACAAUGACAUCAUCAACUCUUAAUCCGUUCCUGAGAACAUCGCAGCCUUCACAGGUGAAGAGAGGUUCACUGCUCAGUCAGCCUCGGUCUGUCCUCCAGAAACUGGCCAACAUCUCAGAGGGCAACCCUAUGGCUCCAAGGAACACUCGUGGAUUUCUGUUCCAGACACUUUCUCCUGAGAAGGACGGCAAGACCUCGGACGCUCCACAGAACCAGACGAUGAAGAAGAGGAGUCAGGUUGGAGCCGUGAACCCUGCAGCCAAGAGAAUCUGCAGGGAGAACAAACCCGUGGCUCAGAACAGUGGUCCUCAGAGAAGCAUCUUCAGCUUCCUGGACCACUGAGGUUUGACUCCUGGACCCACUUCCUGUCAUUCACCCAGAACAUGUGAUAGAACCAUGACUGGACCUCCUCCUCAGAACUGCCGUUUGUUUGUCCAUUAACGUGUUUUUAAUUAUGUAAAUAGGAUGGAAUUAAUUUAGUUUUUAACAUGUUUUGCGUGAGGAUAAUAAAUGUCUGUUUUACAGU